CGCACGUCGGUGCUCGGACGUGAUCCGGAUCGGACCCGGACCUGGCUGCGCGUUCACGAGCUGGUACAGAGACGCGCACGCUGUUAGGAUGGAGAGGAAGAGGAGGAGCGUGAAGUGACGGAGCGCAGGGUGUUUGUUUACAGAAGAAGAGGAGGAAGAGGUGAAGCUGCUCCUCAGAAGAGUCUCGCUCCUGAAACAGCACGAGGAGAGGAGGAGGAGGAGCAGAAGAGUCCCAAACUUCUGACUCCGUUAACUUCCUGCGCGCUCCACGGUCGGGCCGUGCUACAGCGCAUGCGCCCCGAAGUUUUCACCCCAUCGGAACACAAUGGACCGAUUGUGACGUCACCGGUUGCUUAUCCGGAUCUGAACCAGUGACGGCGGCGGGAGCGCGCCUCGGCUCAGCGCGUGACCUGAGCCUGUGGAGUGUGUGUGAGAAUGAGUGGUGGUAAAAAGAGGAGUGGCUUUCAGAUCACCAGCGUGACUUCAGAGGUGAACCAGAGUCCAGUAGACCAAUUGUCUCCUAGUGCGGUCCUGCCCAUCAUCCAAUCAGAGGUCUCUCUGCAGUCCCCCCUCUGCAGCCCUCAGGGAAGCUCCUCCCAGCCAACCACACCCUCUCUGAAGAGGAAGUACAUCUCCCUCGAUGGCGGGCAGGGGGCGGGGUCUUCCUCCAGGUUCAGGGUGGUGAGACUAGUGGACGGAGCCAGCGGCGGAGGCCGGGGUGAAUCAUAUCGUCGCGGGCGAUGGACGUGCACAGAGUUCACAGAGCGGCAGGAAGGCCCAGGGUUCAGGCGAGUAAUGGACAGCAUGAGACACGCCCACUCCUUGGAGUCCUUGGAGAUGAUUGGCCGGGAAAGCGAGAGGGGUGGAGUCCACUCUCAGGACAACACCCAUUUGCUGGCUCAGCACGUGCUGCACAGCGGCCCGCCUUCACCCACGCACCAGACGCCAACUAAUGUCCGGCUGCUCGACCACAAGGAGUCACGCCUUGUGGUCGAGCAGGGCUUAGGCUCCACCCCUCCACCACCUUCACCCCGCCCUCGCUUCGCCCCAACUCCUCUGCGGCUGGAUGUGGACGCCUCAGGACGGUCUGUCCUCAGGCUGUCUCACUCUCAGCCUGGCUCCCCCCCUGCUGGACUGUACCAACCCCCUCUGACCCCCGCUCAGACGCCUUCAGGCUUCAGCCUGGACCGCACCAUGUUCGACCUGCCGGGGGACGCCAGUAGUUCCAGUAACAGUUUGAUCGCCAUCGACAACAAAAUUGAGCAGGCCAUGGACCUGGUGAAGAGUCACCUGAUGCUGGCGGUGAGGGAGGAGGUGGAGCUUCUGAGAGAACAAAUCAGAGAGCUGCAGGAGAGGAACCGGCAACUGGAGAGAGAGAACCACACGCUGAGGGCGCUGACCCACAGCAUGCACACGCACUAACCCACUCACUAACACACACACACACACACACGUGCAGUCAUGUCGGGGUUAACAGGACGGCGUUCCGGCUCCAGCGUUUUCUGAUCAGCUGAUGCUUCAGAGACACUCGCUGUGCCCUCCUGCUCGUCCUCCUUCAUGUACCUGUAGUACUGUUGUACUGCAGUAUUUGUGGUACUGUGUACUGAUGAAAGGUGUGUGUGUGUGUGUGUGUGUGUGUGUGUGCAAGUACUUACAGUAUCUGACAAAAGUGAGCACACCCUGACAUUUCUGUAAAUAUUGUGUCAGAUCUUUUCAUGUAGAUGUGACACUUUGUUACAGUCAGUGUGCAGCUUGUAUAACAGUGUAAAUUUGCUGUCACCUC